UCUCAUUCUAGAAUUCUCACGCAUUCACGUACUCCGUUAGCCUUUUCAACUCUCUCGCUCUUCGCUCCGCUGGAAACAUGGUGGUUUCCGGCGAACACCGACCUCUCGACUGCUCUCUCCCUCACGAGCUCACCUGCGAGACUCCCCGCCCCAGCCUCAAGCUCUACUUCCUCAUCGGAAUCCUCAGCCUCUCCGCACUCUCCAUCGCUCUCCUCAUAUACCUCUGCGUCCUUCUUAGCCGGACCUCGAAGAAGCACGAAGUGCCAGCAAAAGGGACGAAUUCUUGGGAAUCAGUUGGACCUUCCUACGAGGUUUUUCUAAGUUUUCAUGGACGAGACACUCGUCAUGGAUUCACCGAUUUUCUUUACCAUGGCAUGGUUGAGACCGGGAUCCUCGUCUUUAGGGAUAAUGAAUCCCUCCAUGUCGGUCAAAGAAUUGGCGAUGAACUUCUACAAGCCAUCCAAAACUCCAAGAUCUACAUUCCCAUAUUCUCCAAGAAUUAUGCAUCGAGUCACUGGUGCCUUCGAGAGCUUGCAUACAUGGUUGAGUGCGCCUCCAAAUCGAAUGGGAAUAAAGAGAUUUUGCCCAUUUUCUUAGAUGUGGAGCCUGAUGAUGUCAAGCUCAAAACAAAGUUAUACAGCAAAGCUCUUUCAGUGCACCAGAAAAAAUUUCGUAAUGAAGUUGAAUCAUGGAAAAAGGCCCUCAUUGAAGUGGACAAGAUAAAGGGAUGGAACUGGAGGAAAGAUGAAGGCCAAGCAGAUUUGAUGCAAUCUGUAAUUGAAACUGUGUUGGAUAAGCUGAAUGUCCGCAAUAAAAAGAUUGUGACUAAAAAUCUAGUUGGAGUUGAUGAUCGUGCAAAAGCUAUAAUCGAGAUGUUGGACGUGGGAUCUGAUGUCAUAGAAUUUCUUGGAUUACACGGAAUGGGCGGGAUUGGCAAAACAACACUUGCUAAGGUUGUCUUCAAUCAAUUGUCUUCUCACUUCAAAGACUGCAAUUUCCUUUCAGAUGUCCGAGAGUUAUCACAACGCCAUGGUUUGGUAUAUUUGCAAAAACAGUUGCUAUCCAAGUUUGUUACUUCUCAUUCUAUGCUCGACUGAAUUGGUGAUUUGGAUGCGGGGAUCAACAUGAUUAAGAGAGUUCUUGGCAAUAGAAAAGUUCUCAUUGUUCUGGACGAUGUGGAUGAGAAACAGCAACUCAAAAGUCUAGCGGAAGAAGGUGAUUGGUUUGGUUUCGGUAGUAGGAUUAUCAUAACUACUAGGGAUCAAAGUGUUCUAAGGAUUGAGGGAGGAGCAAUAGGUGAAGGCCAUGUAAAAAAAUCUGCAAAAGUUUUGAUUUACGAAGUACAGGAAAUGAAAUUUGAAGAUGCUCUUAAGCUUUUCAGUAAGCAUGCCUUUA